AUGGCAUCAUUCCGUGGGAUUCCCAUCUCCAGCCUGCGCGAACACUACGUAAGUUUUGCAAAGCCUUCUUACCUAUAUCCCUCACUGACCGUGUCCAGANUGCGAGAAGGCUACAGAAACGACAUGUUCUCCUCCAUGAUCGCCGACGUGAUUGACGGCCACUCCGGCAUCCUCUUCCACGCCGAAAGAGAUUCGCCUGAGCCUGAGCAGCAAGAACAGCGCAUCUGGGAACUCGACAGCGACGAAGAAUCACCCACCGAAGAGGAAAAGCAAAAGAAAAAGGCAAAGAACAAGAAAAAGUACUUGCGCAAGAAGGAGAGGGCUCAAGCUGAAAAGGCUGAGCUCGAGCACAAGAAGUCAGAGGCCAAGGAGGAUGUCGAGGGCGGUCUUGCUGGCUUGUCUGUUCGAGAUGAUACACACACCAUGACUGAGGAUGGCGAGUCGAGCAACGCCGACCCCAAUACUACCGCAGUCCCGACUUCCACUCAGCCCAAGCUUUCGAAGCGUCAGAAGAAGACUAUUCUCAAGAAGGCCAAGCAAACCCAAAACAAGGCCCUUGCCCCUGAGUCCACUCAUUCUCUCAUCACUGGUGACUCUACCUCUGGUUCUGGCGCUCUCAACUCCGAAUGUCCCAAGGACAGUGAGAACAAGAUGGACAAAAAGGUCAGUGGCAGUAGUCACAAGAAGUCAGAGAAUGAGCAGAAGGAUGUCGCUAUCGCUACUGAGUCUGAGGUGGAGGCCGUGAUGGACACAGUCGCAAAGCGUUUCGGUCAAUGA